AUGGUGUCAGAAUCAACAGUGCAAUCCCAGCGGAACAUCGUCAUCCUUGGUGGUUCUUACGGUGGCAUAUCUACAGCUCAUUACCUCCUUAGGCAUGUCAUCCCUGCCUUGCCAGAUCGAGAUUCAUUUCGUAUCAUUCUUAUCAGCGCCUCUUCACAGGCCCUUUGCCGACAGGCAUGCCCCCGUGCUUUACUAUCGGACAAUAUGUUCCCACAGGACAAGCUCUUCGUGAACAUUCCAGAGUUAUUCAACCAAUAUCCGAAGGGCUCCUUCCACUUUGUACAUGGCACGGUGACCAAACUUGACACUGAAAACCGCACGGUGUCUAUUUCAUUGAAAACCCAGGUCGAUAUGACAGAGAAGGUCGAAUUCCAUGGUGUAGUCAUUGCUACCGGAGCGUCAACGCUUUCUCCCCUUCUUGGACUCAAUCAUGACGAAACAAUUUUACGAAAGAACUGGACGACAUUCAGAAAAGCCCUGCCAAAUGCGAAAAAUAUUGUCGUUUGCGGGGGAGGCCCUUCUGGAAUUGAAACCGCUGGUGAGCUAGGAGAGUUCCUCAAUGGCCCUACUGGCUGGUUUAAGUCCAAAUCUCCAAGUCGCAAGGUAGCAAUCACCGUCAUAACUGCAAGUUCGAGGAUUCUCCCAGCUCUUCCAACUUCGGGUGCGAGGAAAGCGGAAAAGUUCUUGGCGGAUGUUGGAGUAACUGUUAUGAAAAAUACUAGGGUCACACACGUGGCACCAGUUGAGCCAGGCACCGAUGGCGUCGACAGCAAGGUGGCUUUGACGGUGGACUCUGGGGAUACAAUCAAUGCCGACCUAUAUAUCCCGGCCACUGGAACAAAGCCUAAUACAGACUUCAUUCAGAAGUCUCUCCUGACGACGGAUGGCCGUGUCCACUGCAGUCGCACCUUCAGAGUGGAUGAGGCCGGAUCUCGUGUCUACGCCAUCGGUGAUGUGGCAUCAUGUGUGAAGCAGCCUGCCUUGCAUGUUUUAUUCAAGGCCAUCCCUAUACUUUGCGCCAACAUGAAGCAGGACUUGUUGAUUGCUGACGGGGAACAGAGAGCAUCGACCGGUGAGGACCGUGUAUUUAUAGAGGACAACCAUGUAAAUCAACUGGUUCCUAUCGGAAAGAAUAAAGGUGUCGGCGCAGCAAUGGGAUACCAACUCCCUAGCUUCCUAGUGUGGUUGGUGAAAGGACGGGACUACUGGUUAUGGACGACAGGGCCGUUAUGGAGUGGGAAACAAUGGGCUAAGGAAUCCUGA